AUGAGAAGAGCAGUGCGAGGCUGUGCGCAGGCCGCUCGCCUUUCCGAAAUAGUUGCUCUCGCGGAGUGGGGCCGUACUGUACCCCCUGUUAGCCCUACCAUCUCUUGGACAGCUCCUCUGCCGACAAUGACCAAUGUACUUGUCUUCCUCUUCCUCCGUCUGACUCUUCGGAGUUUUGAUGACGCCCGUCAGACCUCGCUACAACAACAGGUACGGCUCACUCAUCACGUUCGAAACACCAAGAUCGUAAUCUCCGAGGUCGGCUUGAAUCACGGCUUCAUUCCGUGGAGAGCCUGUGAGCACAGCUCAACAGGCAUGAUGAGUCCUCCGACCUGGAUACAAUCUGUUCUCUUGUCUCAAAACGGCACAGAUACAUGGUCGGCAAACUCUGGGCUCGUGACGGGAGUGACAGGAUCGCAAGCAUCCAUUCACGGGAUGGGAGAUAGACUGUGUGGUCACGACGGACAAAGACCCAUCGCGGUCGAUGCGUUUGGUGGCAGGCAACCAGCCAGGAUGCGUCCGCCUAUGCGCUCGAGCAUAGCGUGCCUCCGAUGUCGCAAAUCCAAGAUCAAGUGCGAAAACGACAGUGGCUCGAGUCCGUGUGAAGGCUGCAUCAAGACAGGACAACAAUGCAUCUUUCAGCCGCCUGAAGGGAAUCCUCCACUGUCAAAGCGAAACGAGUCACCAGCAGUCGCACAAAAGGACCGUGAAGGAGGCUCUGACCGGAAACGCCUGAAGCGUAUCGACGAGAUCGCCAAGUCCGACGCCCAGAAAGGCACCACAUACGCUAAGGAGGUGUUGUCUGCACAGUUUCUCACCGAGGAUAUGUGGGACCAGCUUCUCGACCUGUACAAGCUGCACUUCGCAGAGAAGCUCGGCCGCAGACUCAGGUCACCAAGUACAACCGAUGUCUCUCCGGAAUUCAACUUGGUACUCCUGGGUGUCCUUGCUCUGACAGCGCGAUUCCACGUAGACUUGGUCAAAUACCUGGCACCCAUCACCAAUAAUCAACCAGGAAACGUGCAGUCGCGGCCCAUGCAAACACAAGUCGACCCUUCUACCGCCUCCGAUUACUACGCCGAGAUCUUGAGUAUGGCUCUGGGCCCAAUCCCGACGACCGCCUCUGUUGAGCGGGUACAGGCUAUGCUCAUGCUUGGGCUUUAUCAAUGGGGCCAGACGAGACCGGAAACAGGGGUCCUCGGCGCCUGGAUUUCCAUCGGUGGUGCCAUUAGACUGGCUCAAUUCCUCAAGCUCGGUCUUGUAGAUGAACCGAACGAGUCAGCAAGCGCCCGGGCCGGCCAAGAUCCUUCUCAAGUAUCACACUGGAUCGUCGAACGUGAAGUCAUGCGGCGCACUAUGUUUGGAUGUUUUGUGAUGGACCGCAUGCUCGCAUGUGGAAAAGGCAGAGUUACUAUGAUCCAGCGUGAGGAACUCUGUGUUCAGCUGCCCUGCUCAGAGGAAAAGUUUGACCUCGCGAUCGAGGCCAAGACGCGAAUGCUGCCCCCGCGUGGUUGCGAGCAAGACGAACGUCGCGGAAUCAAUGACGACAGUGUAUUGAGCAGGUUCAUCUGUCUGGUCGACAUUUGGGCGGACAUAUCUCGAAAAAGUUCUAAUGAGCCAGAAGGCUUUUGGAACGAGAGUGCUGAGCACGUCUUUCGGGCUGCAAAGGACAUCUCCGCAUUGAUCGAAAUGUGCGAGCGCAAGAACUGUCUUCCUCAAUCCACUCUUGUGCUCUUCGGCAUAUGGACUGCCGCUUUCGUUGGACUUUAUGCGCAUCAUUUCCCCCAGAUGGAUGAGAAGCAGCACAUGGGAGGGGAGCAGAUUCUCCGAAAUCCCAAUCCAUUGAUUUCGCUAGUUGAUCUGCGCGGAGCUGCGGCAGUCGCAUACAGCACUCUUGACAAAAUGUCCACAUCGCUGAAGAUGGCAUCGACGUACAUGUCAAUACUGCUUCAGAGGCACAGGAUGCCCACUAAGAGAGUGCGCGAAUCUGGAUCUUGUCGCAGUCUCGAUGAUGAGAUGCAGGGACCACGGCUCGGAGAUAUUGGGGCCAACAAUUCAGUCGACUCCGAAAGACGGCAAGUGAACACGACCCAUCAUGCGCCCAUCGUCGAAGCGGAAAGCCAGGGGGCAAUUUUCGCAUCAGAGACAACUUCGUCCUUCAUUCUCAUCAACCAUACAAACAAUCUGAUCCUGCCAGCGCAGGCGAUACAUAGUGUGGGUGUCGAUGGCACGCCAUCGGAGCCAUGGAGGUACUCUGAUAGACCCCAGGCGCACUUGUUGCAGUCUCCGGCGCAAGGGGCAGACGCUCCUGGCAGUGGCAGACCAAGCCAAGCUGGAGUCCAGGACAACAAGAGCAUGUUCACAGCUCCGCUAACGGAGGACGAACUACGUGCGCACGAGAAUCAACGUAUACCCUGGGACGUCGACACCUUGAUGUGUGGGGACUAUGGCGUUCCCCGAGGACAUGUCCGGCCACAAAACACCUCGGAAUGAGCCGGACAUUCUGGUUUAGUCGAGUCUUGUUGAUUCAUGAGGACUAACUGAUGCACGUUGACUAAUUAGAUUCCAUCGAUAACGCGCGCCGGUGUUAUCAGUGGCCGUUGAAACGCGCUGACAUCAAUUCACAGGCACACCUCCGUGGCCACAAAAGAAGCUGUCCGCGCUUGCCGAGAUACUAUUACAACUGCAAUCAUCGACUUGCAAGCUCAUUUGCAAGGAGUGCAAACGAAGCUCGAGGCUCUUUCACGAGGAGCAGAAGGGGGCGCAAAUGCUGAUGGACCUGUACGAGAUCGCAUGGAGGCGGAAUUGCACAGCACAGAGAAAGG